AUGAGCUUAGUUGAGGCCAAGGCGAAGAACAAUAAGGCCAAGAAGGCGCCGUCUGCUUUCGCGCUCGAGGAGGAGCGGAGGGCGAAGGCUGCGGCAGAGGUUCGCGCACAGGAGGAGAGGGCGGCGCAGCUGGCUGCUGAGCAGGAGUCGGCGAGGCGGGCGGAGCGGGAGGCGGCAGAGCUAGCGGGUGCGGCAGAGCGGGCGGCGCUGCGCGAGGAUGCGGAGCUGGCCGAGGCGCUGCGCCGGUCAGAGGUGGAUGCGGAGGAGGCACUGGCUCGUCGGGUGUCGCGGUGCGAGGAGGCGGUGAGCAGCGAGUCGACCGGCGGCGGCGGGGACUUGCCGCGGCGUGUCGAGCGGCUGGAGGCGAGCCUCGGCACGGCGACUGAGGGUAGCCUCGAGGAGCGGGUCGGCGCCAUCGAGCGCUUGAUCGGGCCAGAGGCGGGAGAGGCGGCGGAGCAGCAUCUGCCAGUCACCGAGCCGCUUGCUGCCGUCUCGCUAGCGGACGCCGGCCUCGACACGGGGCGGCCGGCUGCCCCCGAGUCCACGAUGGGGGGAGAGACCACGUGCAUCGUGUGUUUCGCGAGAGUCAAGUCGCAUGCUGCGGUUCCGUGCGGGCACCUGUGUGCUUGCGGGCCAUGCUCUGAGCUGAUGCAAGAGUGCCCUUACUGCCGCGAGCCAGUGAUGAUGUGGAUGGUUCCGCGUCCGGUCUAG